AUGUUAGAUGAAAUUCAUAGACAAGAACGUGAAGAGCUAGAGAACAAGCUUGAAGCAAAAGACAAAACCAUACAGAAAAGAAUACCACGUUCGGUACCAAAAGGAAAGGAAAAGAACUAUAAGUAUAUGAUUUACACUGAAGAGAUGGAAAAUGAAGAAGACAGAGAUAUGGUUAUGUUGCAUUUAGUCAGAAGAAACAACAAAAGCUUUUACGACCUUGCUAAGAUUUACAAAUCUGACAGAAAUUGGUUCUAUCGCGAAAACUUACCGAUUUCAAUGACACCGAAUGAAGAUGUUAAACAGAUAGUUCAAGAUACGUUACCUCAAACACACUAUGAUAUGAAAGGUUGUACAAUACUUACAUUCAAAGAAGAUUUGCCAUUACUGAAAGAAAAGAUAACAGAGUAUUUUGACAACUUCAAACAAGCAGAGUAA